AUGGGUUGCAAUUUGUGCACUUUUCAGAAAAGAGAGGAACACUACAAACUGCUCUAUGAAGUUUCUCAGGUCAAUGGGAAGGACCUCUCCCGAGCCACCCACCAGGAGGCCGUGGAAGCCUUCCGCAGCGCCCGGGCGCCCAUCGUGGUGCAGGUGCUGCGGCGCACGCCGCUGGGCAGACCGGCCUACGGAGCCCUCCCCGAGGUGAGCCACGCCAGCACGCAGACCGACAUCACCUUCCAGCACAUCAUGGCCCUGGCCAAGCUCCGGCCCCCGACGCCUCCCGUGCCGGACGUCUGCCCCUUCCUGCUCUCCGACAGCUGCCAUUCCCUCCAUCCAAUGGAACAUGAGUUUUAUGAGGACAAUGAGUAUCUCCCCAGCUUGCCCACAGAUGCAGACAGAACGGAAGACUUCGAAUACGAGGAGGUCGAGCUGUGUCGUGUUAGCAGUCAAGAGAAGCUGGGCCUGACAGUCUGUUACCGGACAGAUGAUGAAGAAGACACAGGCAUUUAUGUCAGUGAGAUAGAUCCCAAUAGUAUUGCUGCCAAAGAUGGGCGAAUCCAAGAAGGGGAUCGUAUUUUGCAAAUAAAUGGCGAAGAUGUCCAGAAUCGAGAGGAAGCCUUGGCACUGCUGUCCAGUGAGGACUGUAAGAGAAUCGUGCUACUUGUUGCCAGGCCAGAGAUUCAGCUGGAUGAAGGCUGGCUGGAAGAUGAAAGGAAUGAAUUCUUCGAGGAGUUAAACUUGGAGAUGCUGGAAGAACAGCAUAAUGAAACAACGCAGCCUACUUCCAAGGAGGUGGAGCAGCCAAAAAAGCAAGAGGAAGAAGAAGGCACCACCGACACGGCCACCUCGUCCUCCAACAACCACGAGAAGGACAGCGGCGUGGGGCGCACGGACGAGAGCCUGCGGAACGAGGAGAGCUCGGAGCAGGAGAACGCAGCCGAGGAGGCCCGAGGCCCCGAGUCCCUGCCGCUGCCGCGGGCCGCGCGGGGCUGCGCGGAGCUCCCGCGGGACCACAGCCUCCCGCCCGCUGAGUGCCUGGACUCGGAUGGCGCCGGCAACCCGGGGGAGGAGUGCGAGCGGUUCCGGCAGCUGUUGGAGCUCAAAUGCAAGAUCCGCUCCCAGGGCGAGUACGACCUGUACUACUCGAGCAGCCGGCUGCGGGGUGGGCCGGGCGGGCCGGACGGGCCCGAGGGCGUGGAGCACGAGCUCCAGCUGCUGAACGACGAGCUAAGGAGCAUCGAGCUCGAGUGCCAGAACAUCAUGAAGGCGCACCGGCUGCAGGCCGGGCCCGACGCGCCGCGCGGCAAGCUGGACGACAUCCUGGAGCACCCGGAGAAGUCGGACAAGGAUAGCUCGAGCGCCUACAACACGGCCGAGAGCUGCCGCAGCACGCCGCUCGCCGUGGACCGCUCCCCGGACAGCUCCCUCCCGAGGGCCGUCCACGGGGCCAACCGGAAGGACCUGAGCUGUGGCGCGGGGCCCGGCGGCGGCGGCGGGGAGCCCGCGGCUGGCGGGCCGCGAUGCUGCGGCGGAGGCGGCGCUAGCACGCAGGGCCGCGAGAAGCUCCCGGAGCCGGAGAGGGCGGCGGGCGAGCCGGUGCCCUACCUGUCCCCGUACCACAGCUCCCCCUACAGGUGUGCCAACAUCCCGGCGCACGCCCGCCACUACCAGAGCUACAUGCAGCUGGUGCAGCAGCGCUCGGCCGUGGAGUUCGCGCAGAGCCAGCUCAGCCUGCUGGGCGUGUGCAAGGAGGCGCCGCGCGGCGGCGGCGAGCCCAAGAUGGAGUGGAAGGUGAAGAUCCGGAGCGACGGCACCCGCUACAUCACCAAGCGGCCCGUGCGCGACCGGCUCCUGAAGGAACGUGCCUUAAAGAUCAAGGAGGAGCGCAGCGGCAUGACCACCGACGACGACACCAUGAGCGAGAUGAAGAUGGGGCGCUACUGGAGCAAGGAGGAGCGCAAGCAGCACCUGGUCCGCGCCAAGGAGCAGCGGCGGCGGCGCGAGUUCAUGCUGCGCAGCCGGCUCGAGUGCCUCAAGGAGAGCCCGCAGAGCGGCGGCGAGGGCAAGCGCGAGCUCAGCAUCCUGGAGCUGAGCCACAAGAAGAUGAUGAAGCGCAGGAACAAGAAGAUUCUGGAUAACUGGAUGACCAUCCAAGAGCUGAUGAGCCACGGGGCCAAGUCCCCCGACGGCACGCGGGUCCACAGCGCCUUCCUGUCGGUGACCACCGUAUGA